GACAGGCGCGGCAUGCUGAAGAGAUUUUCGCCCUGGCUAGUUUGUAGCACUCUUCCUCAGGUAACGUCGCCUACACCAAGAGAACACUCCCCCGUUUCACAGACCGACACCAGGGCAGACGGCGUCGUAGAGGACAGCAAGAACAAAAAGGAAAAAAAAAAACAGCUUAGAAAAACAUAUCUAAAUCUAGAUCUAUUUCACGGAAUCUAAAGUAAGUAUCAUGACAUCAUUAGCCAUCUACCUACUGCCUGCAAUCCUCCUUGCAGUGUUCCACGCCGCCGCCCAUGCAGAAGAUGGCACAGGGCCCCUGUCCAGACAUAACGCCCUCAGAACUCUUUUGAGGAAAAGAUCACUGGAGGCAGCGCUGAGGGCGCCACCAUCUUUAUACUCAGAACUGCUGGACUCCCCACUGAAGCGAGACAGCAACGGCGGAGACUACUGGAUCUGGAUGCCUGCCCACGGGUACAUGCCCGUCCCCAACGACGAAGUGACAGAGCAGCAAGGGGGCCAGGAGAAGAUGGGGACCCUCCUUCGUUACGGCUGAGCGCCCCGCCCCUCCCUCUUAGCAGUGGCCCCAUGACGUCACCAACACCCAGACGUCAACUUUUUCAAUUGCCAUAAACGUUUGAUUUAUUUUUAGAGAAAUAAGAAGAAAAAAAAAUAAAACACCUUUAUAUA